UGCGUGUCGGAGACAGUGAUCGACCCUCCCGUCACUAUAUAUUGCAGAGGCUGCGGUCGGAGGGGAGGGCAGAGGAAAGAAGAACAAGAGCAGGGCAGAUUUGUCGGAAGAAGCUUCGGGUGAAAUGGCGAGUUGUGCACCGGCCUCCCACACCACGUCGCUCGAUUGCAUCAGUCUUUCGGAGCCUGAUAUCAACAAAUCCGUUACGCUUCUCAAGCAGGCAUGCCUAGAUUCUGGGUUUUUUUAUGUCAUCGACCAUGGAAUUAGCCAAGAGUUUAUGGAUGAAGUUUUUGCCCAAAGCAAGAAAUUUUUUGAUCUGCCAAUAGAUGAUAAAAUGAAGCUGCUUAGAAAUGAGAAACAUCGAGGUUAUACACCUAUUCUAGAUGAGACUCUGGACCCAGAUCAUCAGAUAAAUGGUGAUUAUAAAGAGGGAUAUUAUAUUGGCGUUGAAGUACAUGAAGAUGAUCCACAAGCAGAAAAACCAUUUUAUGGACCAAAUCUGUGGCCAUCUGCAGAUAUUUUACCGAGAUGGAGGGAAACCAUGGAGCGAUAUCAUAAGGAGGCAUUGAGAGUCGCCAGAGCAGUUGCUAGAAUUAUAGCACUUGCACUUGACUUGGAUGCCGGCUUCUUUGAUAAGCCAGAAAUGCUUGGAGAGGCUAUUGCAACGUUGCGACUCCUACACUAUGAAGGUAAAGUUUCAAAUCCUGAUAAAGGUGUAUUUGGAGCUGGAGCACAUUCUGAUUAUGGUUUGAUCACUCUGCUGGCAACGGAUGAUGUAGCAGGGCUACAAAUAUGCAAGGAUAGAGAUGCUAAACCUCAAGUAUGGGAAUAUGUGGCACCAGUGAAGGGAGGCUUCAUAGUUAAUCUUGGUGACAUGCUGGAACGUUGGAGUAAUUGCAUUUUCAGGUCCACGAUCCACAGAGUAGUUCUGGAUGGAAGAGAGCGCUAUUCCAUUGCUUACUUUGUGGAGCCAAGCCAUGAGUGUCUGGUUGAGUGUUUGCCAACUUGCAAGUCCGAGACAAAUCCGCCAAAGUUCCCUGCAGUGACUUGUUCAGCAUACCUGCUCCAAAGAUACAAAGACACGCAUGCCGACCUCAGCACUUAUGGUAAACAUCCAUCUUAAAGGAAAUAAUCGAGUUUAUUUGCAAUAUCGUCAUAAUUCAUCCUUCUCACUAGAAUUCUCUCCAUGUCAGUUCUUUGUAACUAUUUCUAUUGUCAUACGAAUGGUAGUCUCUGUUUAUUAUCUAAUGUUACUGUUGAGCUUCGUAGAACCUUGAUCUCUCAGAGUUGCCUGCAUGGCACAUAUUUAAGUAUCAUGAUCCAAUGUGGCUGAUCAACAAGAUAUAUAGUCGACAGCUUCGAGACA